AUGGCCUCAUCUAAGGAUUUACCACCAUGGAAUAUCCCAUUCUUCCCUAACAUCUUCGUGAAGAACCAAUUCUGUACCAAACCUGAAAGACCACCAAAGACAACUGACCUCACCGGAAAAGUGGCAAUCAUCACGGGAUCUAACACAGGUCUGGGAUUUGAAGCCGCUAAGCAAAUGCUAGAGCUCCGUCUAUCACACCUGAUCAUCGCGGUACGAAGUAGCGCAAAAGGAGAAGCCGCCGCCGCCAAGCUUCGAGCCCAAUUCCCGAAAGCCACCAUCGAGGUCAUGCUGGUGGAUAUGAGCCGGUACGACUCCAUCCAAGAUUUCGUCCUGCGCGUGGAAAGCCAACUGUCCCGUCUCGACAUCGUCAUCCUCAACGCCGGCUUGAUGAAACUCACGUAUAACGCUGUGCCUGACACGGGCCACGAGGAGAUCGUCCAGGUCAACUACUUGUCCACGGUACUGCUCGCCAUCCUUCUGCUCCCUAUCCUCAAGAGCAAGUCCCCUACCGGCACGCCAGGACGGCUGACAAUCAUCAACGCGGCGCUGGCGCUGACCGCGCCACUGCCGACGCCCAAGGGCCACAAAUCCCUCUUCGAAGCCCUCGACGACCCUAAGCUGUUCCCCGCUUACAGCGACAAGCAGUACAACGCCUCCAAGGUGCUCGCGCACAUGUGGGCCUACAAGCUCGUCGACUACGUCUCCGCGGACGACGUGGUCGUGAACCUGGUCUGUCCAGGCUUCGUCAAGGGUACUCAGUUAAGCCGCGACGUGAGUGUCUUUGUCAAGCCCGUAAUGGCCCUUUUCGCCGCUGCGGCUGCGAGGAACGUAAGCGAUGGCGCUUCGACGUACUUGGACGCGGCUUUGGUUAAGGGGAAGGAGUCGCAUGGGUCGUUUAUCAUGAGUUGGAAGAUUUCGCCGUAUAAUUCAUUCCUUUACACUCCUGAAGGCAGGGAGGCUGCGGAUAAGUUAUGGCAGGAGACUAUGGAGCAGCUUGAAUUUGCUGGUGCUCGUGGCAUUAUAGAGUCGAUGAAGAAGCAGUGA